UAUUAUAUUAAAUAUUUUAAAGUUUCUAAUUAUAUAUAUAAAUAUAUAUAUAUAUAUGUAUAUAUAUAAAAUAUCCACGCGUACACAUGGUCAGUUGUAAUGGUGCUACGAAAUGGCGAGAAAUGGCAGCAUCGAUAUCGGAAGUGUUUUUGACGAGUACCUGCAAAAAGAACAGCAAUUCGAACAAGAAAUAGAAGAACGCAAUAAAUUACAUCAUGAAACACACAAUAGAAACGUCAAAAUUCCUGAAUUGUCUUCCACGAAUCUUCUUAUAAACGUGGAAAAAUCUCACAUUCGUAAUCAAGCUCUUUUGAAGGAUCUAGAGAUAUCUAGAGCGCGUUUGAGAACUUACGCGUCUUAUACGCCGACCGAUGAGGAAUUACAGCAGAUUUCGUCGGCCUAUCGAAAUCACUUUCGUAAGAAGCUCCGAAGUACGGAUUUUCGAUAAUGUCGUUAUUCACGUGACCAGGAGAAAACCACUGAUGAUCGUUAAUCCAACUCGAUAACUCGAGCCGAACGAACAAACUUCCAAAUGAAAAGUUUGUUGAUCGUUGGGAUCGAUGAAUCGAAUUGACUAUUUGUGCGUUAUUUAUUGGUAUGAUUACACUUUCACACAUUGAAUAAUAUAAAAACCUAUUUAAUAUUCGAAGAAUUUAGAUUUGAAUGUAAAGCGCGGGCAAUUUUUUUUUAUUUGGA